AGAAUUUCGGUAAAAAUGCCGAAGGCCAAUACGAUCCCAGACUAAUCAAUUCCUUCAUUAACUAUUUGGACAAUUUACUGGACAACAAUCAACAUCCUGUUAUCGUAUUUUGCUGCACCAACUCCAAAACCAUUGCUCCAGAACUCAAACGAAUAUUUUUGGAAAUAUUUGAAAUAAACGCACCCACUGAUUCAAACAGAGAGAAAAUCUUGCAAUGGAUUUUAGAGAAAAACGCCAUCAACUACAAUGAAGUUGAUUUGAAACUUGUUGCCAACAAAACCAAUGGGUUUUAUUUUGAAGACUUAAACGCCUUAGUGUAUCAUGCAGAUAGAAAUAAUCUAGACUUUGAAAAGGCCUUAGACUUUAUGCAAAAAAACUAUAACGAAAGCCUGGGGGCACCAAAGGUGCCCAAAGUCCAAUGGUCAGAUGUUGGAGGCCUUACAGAUGUCAAAGAUGAAAUUAUUAAAACCAUAAAUUUGCCUUUAAAACAUCCAGAAUUAUUUGAAAAUUCUGGAUUAACAAGAUCAGGGUAUUUUGCUGUUUGGCCCUCCAGGUACUGGUAAAACCUUAUUGGCCAAAGCUGUAGCUACCGAGUGUAGUUUGUGUUUUUUAACUGUGAAAGGCCCAGAGUUGCUCAACAUGUACGUUGGACAAUCUGAACAGAAUGUCAGAGAAGUUUUUGAAAAGGCACGUCAAGCAUCCCCUUGCAUUAUAUUUUUUGACGAAUUAGAUUCUUUGGCUCCAAACAGAGGACUUUCGGGUGAUUCCGGGGGAGUAAUGGAUAGAGUAGUUUCGCAAUUGUUAGCUGAAAUGGAUGGACUAAAUGCUGCUGGCAAGGUUUUCAUUAUAGGGGCUACAAAUAGGCCAGACUUAAUAGAUCCCGCACUAUUAAGACCUGGAAGAUUCGACAAGUUGUUGUAUGUGGGCCCUUGCACCGAUUUGGAAUCGAAAGUUUCUGUUAUGAAAGCUUUAACUAGAAAAUUUGUAUUGUCUAAAAGAGUCAAUUUACAAGAAAUUGUAAAAAAUUGUCCCACAAACAUUACAGGGGCUGAUUUCUAUGGUAUUUGUUCCACUGCUUGGUCUUUAGCUGCAAAAAGGCUUAUAGAGGCAAUUGAAAAAGGAGCCAGUGAUAGUAAAAAUGAUGUUGUAGUGGAUGUUGAAGAUUUCGCAAUGGCAAUUAAAAAUGUGAAACUCUCCAUAAGCGAGCAGGAUUUGAAAUAUUUUGAGAAUUUAAGAAAUGAGUUGAGUUCUAAUGUUUCCAGGAAGAAUUGUUGAAGUUUGUGUUUUUUUUUUUGAUUAAAUUCUUUGUUAUUUUACCA